UAUGUCUGAAGUAUAUUCAAGUUCAACAAUGUUGUUAAAAAAAAUUCAAAAUACACACAUGCAUGAUGGAAUUCACUGAUAAAAUUACUAAUAUAGAAAUAUUCAUUCAUCCAAAUUUCACAUAAAAUGCCCCUUUAAAAGAUAAGAACCUUACACUAGAGAUCUCUCAAGAAGCAAACAUGGAUUUAGCAAAAGUACUUCUGAUAACUUGUUUUAUUGCGAGUAUUAAUACAUGUAAUGCUACUAAAGAAAUAGUUCCGGAAGAUUUCUUGAUAAGUGUGCUUAAUGAAUUAUCACUAUUAAAAAAUCAGUUUUUAAACAGUGAGAAGCUCUAUGAACAGAAAUUAGCUACUGUAGAAAAGAAACUUCGUGAAACUGAAGAUGUUAGAAAAUAUUAUCAGCAGAAGGUAGUAAAAGUUGAAAACUUGCUCCAGAAAGCAGAAGACACUGAAAAGUUCUAUGAGCAGAAAUUAGCUAAUGUUGAAAAAAAGCUUCAUCAAACUGAGGUAAGACUUUUUGAUGCUGAAAAGUUCAUAGACAAGUUUAUUUCUGUCAAAAGUGAACCACCAAAUAAUGCUGAUAAAAAUGGUAUGACCCAUACGCAUAAAUCAAAUGAAAACUUUGCCAAAGACCUGUCUGGAAAAACUGCCAUUAGACGAGGGAACUUAAAUGUAUAUCAUAACGGAAGCUCUACAAAAUACAUACAGGAAGAGAGCCAAGCGCCACGUAAAUUGCGAAACACAGCUACGACCAGCAAUGUCCAAAUUGCCUUUUCAUCCUACUUAUCGAGCCAUGCGAACCACCUGCAGCCAGAGCAAACUAUUCCAUUUGAUGAAAUUCUUAUCAACCAAGGCCAAGGAUUUGAUACUUCAACCAGUAAGUUCACAUGUCCUGUCAGCGGAGUAUACGUGUUCCAAUCUUCAGUAAUGGCUCAACGAUACGAUUACGUUCAGACCGAAAUCGUUAAAAACGGGUAUGUGGUUGUUCGGAUGUAUGCGGCAACAGACAAGGCCACUACAAGAUUCGACCAAGGUUUUAACUCGGGGAUAACUGAAUGUUACAAAGGUGAGAAAGUCUGGGUGAGAAUCGUGGAACACUGGGGAACCCAAGUACGAAGCUCGCGUUUUACAACAUUUUCUGGCUAUCUUCUCUGGCCGAUGUAAAAUUUUCCGAAAUAAAGUACUUGAAACAUA